AUGGGAAUUGCAGUGGCAGGUGUUGAUGUGUUGAGUGAAAAAGCGGCGAUGAUGAGAGAGUCUCUGCAGAAGAGUCAAACCAUCGCAGACAAUGUCGUCACCAUUCUCGGUUCCUUCGACCACCGUCUUUCGGCCCUUGAAACCGCCAUGCGCCCAACUCAGGUUAGAACUCACUCUAUUAGGAAGGCUCAUGAGAAUAUUGAUAGGACUUUGAAGGCUGCGGAGGUUAUAUUGGCUCACUUCGAUCAAUAUCGUCAGGCCGAGGCAAAAAUACUUAAAGGGCCACAUGAAGACUUGGAAAACUAUCUGGAAGCAAUUGAGAACUUGAGAAGCAACAUUCAGUUUUUUGGCAGUAAGAAGGGUUUUAAGAGCAGCGAUGGCAUUAUUGUUCAUGCUAAUAAUUUGCUAGCUAAGGCUAUUUCAAACCUAGAAGAUGAGUUUAAGCAGUUAUUAUCAUCUUACAGCAAACCUGUGGAACCUGAGCGCCUCUUUGACUGCCUUCCAAACUCAAUGCGACCUUCAUCAGGAUCACCUGGCCAUGAGGGUGAUUCUGGUGCCAAGAUUCCUUCUAAUCACCAUUCUGAGUCUCACAAUAAUAAUGCUGAUGCUGUUGUAUAUACACCUCCUGCCCUCAUACCGCCAAGAUUUUUGCCGCUGCUACAUGAUUUAGCUCAGCAAAUGGUUGAAGCUGGUCACCAGCAACAGUUACUCAAAAUAUACAGGGAUGCCCGUUCUAAUGUAUUGGAAGAAAGCCUCCAAAAACUUGGAGUGGAGAAACUUAACAAAGAUGAUGUUCAAAAGCUGCAGUGGGAGAUAUUGGAAGCAAAAAUUGGAAACUGGAUUCAUUUCAUGCGAAUAGCAGUGAAAUUGUUGUUUGCUGGUGAGAGGAAAGUUUGUGAUCAGAUAUUUGAAGGCUUUGAUUCACUCAGUGAACAGUGUUUUGCUGAGGUGACGACAAGCAGUGUUUCUAUGCUUCUCAGUUUUGGAGAAGCAAUUGCCAAAAGCAAGAGAUCCCCAGAAAAGUUAUUUGUACUUUUGGACAUGUAUGAAAUAAUGCAAGAGCUUCAUUCAGAGAUUGAAACUCUUUUUAAAGGCAAAGCUUGCUCUGGAAUUAGAGAAGCUGCAACUGGUUUGACCAAACGACUUGCACAAACAGCCCAAGAGACCUUUGGAGAUUUUGAAGAGGCAGUUGAGAAAGAUGCUACGAAGACUGCAGUAACAGAUGGAACUGUCCACCCUCUGACAAGCUAUGUUAUUAACUAUGUGAAGUUUUUAUUUGACUACCAAUCCACCUUGAAGCAACUUUUUCAGGAAUUUGAAGGUGGUGGUGAUUCUUCACAGCUAGCAUCUGUAACAGUCCGAAUAAUGCAAGCUUUGCAAACUAAUUUAGAUGGGAAAUCAAAACAGUAUAAAGACCCUGCAUUGACACAUCUUUUUCUCAUGAACAAUAUUCAUUAUAUUGUCAGAUCGGUUCGUAGGUCUGAAGCCAAGGAUUUGCUGGGAGAUGAUUGGGUACAACGACACAGGAGAAUUGUGCAGCAGCAUGCUAAUCAAUACAAAAGAAAUGCUUGGGCAAAGAUUCUACAGUGCCUGUCUAUUCAGGGCCUUACCUCAUCAGGUGGUGGGAGUGGUGCUGGUGGUGGUGAUGGUGCAACUGGAAGCAGUAGUGGUGCUUCAAGAGCAAUUGUUAAAGACAGGUUUAAGGCAUUCAAUAUUAUGUUUGAGGAACUCCAUCAGAAACAAUCCCAAUGGACAGUUCCUGACACUGAAUUGCGAGAGUCUCUUAGGCUUGCAGUUGCUGAAGUCUUGCUGCCUGCCUACAGAUCGUUUGUCAAACGAUUUGGGCCUCUAGUGGAGAGUGGAAAGAAUCCUCAGAAGUACAUCAAAUACACAGCAGAAGAUUUAGACAGAAUGUUGGGUGAAUUUUUUGAAGGGAAAAACAUGAAUGAGACCAAGCGAUAA